UGUGGGUGACAUAACACUACUAUUUUAUGCAACAAGUGAGGCAUGUGUUAUGCAUAGUAUUUUAGUUAGACAUGUGAAUAUAAGCAAUAAUAUAUUGCACCGCAUGUGAAUUUUGGAACUUAGAAAGCAUGUCAGGAAACCUGGAAGAUCAGUGUAAGAUUUUUGCACUGAUGUGUUUAUUCUGCAUUGUGAAUGCGGCACAAGAGCCUAAAAUAAAGGAUAUAAAAGCUUUAUCAGAUAAGCUGAUGGAUAAUUAUAGCAAAUACAUUUUACCAUCGGAGAACCGCCACGAUCCAUUCAACUUAGCUAUAUAUGUGAAUCUUGAAGCAGUCGGCAAUAUAGAUGAGAUAGAAGAAAAACUGUCCACAGUGUUGUAUCUUGAGUAUGAGUGGAAAGAUGAAAGUAUACACUGGAGUCUAGCUGAUACGAAUGUCAGCUUUAUAACACUUGCCUGGUCAGAUGUAUGGAAGCCGGUAGUACGAGUGAUCAACCCUCAGACGGACUCUUCGAAUACACAGUAUCGUGAUCGUUCAUAUGAGACUGUUUUCUUUGAUAAUGAAGGAUGGGCUUACUAUACGGAAUUGAUGACUACAAGAACGUCCUGUGAGAUGGAUAUGUCGUAUUAUCCAUUUGACACACAAAUAUGCGACAUAAAAAUGACACUUAUUGAAGCAAGCAAGUUUCCUUUAAAACUUCAUGUGGCGCUAUACGAAGGAUUUGCUCUUAAAAACGCUGACCAUGGUUCUUGGGAUCUGAUCAGCAUGAAUAUUUCAUCUAAAGGCGGUUCCUUUUUUAUCGAACUUAAAUUUAAAAGACGGCCAUUAUUCAUUCUAUUGAAUAUCAUUCUGCCCCUUUUUAUAUUGGCUUUACUCACACCUAUUGUUUUCCUUUUACCAAAGAAAUCUGGAGAACGGGUAGGGUAUUCAGUGGCUAUGUUACUAGCCAUUUCUGUAUAUAUGACUAUAGUAAGUGAACAUUUGCCAGAGAAUUCUAAUCCAGUGCCUCUAAUGCCAAUAAUGAUAUUCAGCUGGUAUGUUUUUGACGCUUUUAUUGUCUUAGUUGUUAUCAUCAACACAAAACUCAAUCUUACAACUUCGAGAAAACCAGUUCCAAUGGCAUUCUGUAAAUUCAUUCUGCUUACAAGGAAACUUGUGUGUCAAAGGAAUGAAAAAGGUACAGAAAAAAAUACGACAGAUGAAAGACAAAAGUGUAUUGAAAUGGAAAAUGUUGAAAAGAACGAGGAAGAUACUGAAGGAAGCGAAAGAAUGCAUAACGCGUCAUUUGAAGAACCUAUAAUUUACAAUGUCACGUGGCAGGAAUUAAGUCAUGCUAUUGAUAAAUGGUGUUUUGUGAUUAGUUAUCUGGUUAAAAUUGCCCUUCCUCUCAUAUUCCUAACAGUAAUGAAAUGUAACAGCAGGGAAUAACUCUGCUGCAGUAACUAAAACCGAAAAUAAUAUAAGGACAAGCACAAACAUUAUGUAUCAAUACAGCUAAGCCGAAUUGGAAUAUAUCGUUAAUGGUCCAUGAUUCAACCCGUAAUUUUCAUAACGAUGUUUAACGAUAUCUCGGAUGACGUACGGCGAUAAUUGUUUCGCUUCGUUAAUUAUAUUAUAUAUCAAUAAUCAUUUCAGCAAAAAUGAUGUUCAAAUAGGUAAAUUUUACACGGAAAACAUACAACUGACCAGAAAUCCAAUAUUCUAAUGGCUCUAACAGUACCAACAGAGUAACUAUUAUUUCAGAUAAACUAUUGAAUGUAUAAUUAUUCUGUGACUCCAGCUGCUUUGCUUUCUUUUUCGCGAAUGGAAGUGAGUAGAAAAUCGUGUUAAAUAAUGUUUACUUCAGACUUGCAUCCCUGAAGUUCUCAGCCUAUAUUCAAAAAGAUGUUUUUGGCAAAUCGCUACCGCUUAACGCUAAACUACAGGCAAUAUUCUGUAACUGACAUAUUGUUGCAUAUCAAUACAAGUAAUAUAAAAUGACAGUUUAUUUACAUAAAGUGGAUAGCUUUGGUUUAAUAUAUGACACGCUCUGACCUAAUUUUGGCAGACAUAGAUCACAGUGCCCUUAUUGUUGUCGUCAUUUCGUAAAUACCUGGACUGAUAUUGUGAAAAAAAGCCGUUUUAAACGAGCUUUCAGGCUUACUUAUCUGAGAUGAAAGUCAUUUAAUUUUGACACAUGUAACACUAGUGAAAUGUAUAUGAUAAAACAGUACCUUGAUCUGCAACGAUUCAUUUAUCUUACGUGGAUUUUCCAGACCAAAUCACACCGGACGACUCGUGGAGUUCAUGCUUAACAAAUCUACGUGAGCCGAAUACAACACUGAAGAUUGAGAUACUGUAAAAAUAACCCUGUUAUAUUGUGUAGUUAUUUUUAAAUUUGUUAAUUUAUUCACAUGCUUAAGAUGUUAACCCUUGGUAACCCGAGUGUAUACUGAGUCUGUACCAUAUUUUAUGUAUAAGGUAUGAUAUAUGUCAUAUGAAUUGUCAGUAAAAAUAGUGUGUGUUUGUGUGUGUGUGCGCGCGCGCGCGCGCGCGCGUGUGUGUGUGAUGACUUACAAAUGAAAUACGACCUAUGAAUUCAAUUUCUUAUUUGCACAGUAACUGAUAAUAUUUACAAGGCUUUCAAAUUGUCAACGUACAUGUAUUUCUCAUACUGACGUUAAAUGUGUUAACUGUAAAUCUUUUCCAGUUUGUUUGUAACUUGUAAGGUAUAUCGCUUUUUUUAAUGUUUUAAGACUAGUACGUGUACUUCUGUUUCGUUACAUCAUUCUUGACAGAAGUAAUGGCUAGACAAUUUCAUGUUGAGCAUUCACUGCUGUAACGUUAUACGGUAAAAACAAAAGAACUGUAGAAACCAUCGAUGCUUAGCUGAAACAAAAUCAUUUAAACUCUCGUAAGGCACAAACUCAAUGCAGCAAUUGUAAUAUUCGUACAUUAGUAUUAAUUAGUUCUUUAAAAUAAUUAAUCAGCUCAAUUAGGCUAAUUGAAUUAAUAAUCUGCGAAGAGAAAAAGUUCUACAUUUAAAAUUUGAAGAGUAGAUACAUGUACAUGUAUUUUGUCUUCUACUGAUCCUUAGAAAAGACUUGAUACUAGAUUAUGUAUAAAAAAAUCAUUUAAUCGAAUGAUGAUAAUUUUGUAUUAAGGUAGUGAAAGCCUAUCAACAAUUUCUAUCUGAUUAAUUAUUCUCGUUUGUAUUUUCGUCAUUCUUCGGUAAUUAAAGUAGCUCACAAACGCUGUAUAAUGGACAGAAAAUGCCGUCUGCUACUUUAAAUGUGACGUCAUAAGAUUAUUGACGAGGUUUCAGAAACCGAAGGGAAAGUUUGCAUUACCUUGCGGAUACUACACGUUCGAAUUGAAAACCCCAGUUUUGUAAGAGCGACAUGUAGUUUUAAUUUUUAAUAUUUGAAAGAGGAAACUGAAUAAUGGAAAUGAUGGUGAUCUUUGCAGAUGUUUAAAAUCAAAGUAUUGUAUCUUUUAUCGACUACUAUCGGGUCAGAAAUAUUUAGUUUUUAAACAUCAAACUAGGCUUUAAUUUCACAUUCACGGCCAAAAUUGAGGUAAAUGUCAACUCAAAUAUCAAGUGACAGGCUCAAGUUCAGGAAGACAUUUUGUUAUUGACCUACACAUGGAAUACCGGGUUGUGUAAAUAAAAUUGAAGGCUAGCUGUUAACCGAAUUCAUUUUGAUAUAUAUACGUUUAGUGCCGACAUUGCGCACA